CUAAUUGUCAAUGACUGUUGACCAAGAAAAGUAAUUUCCUUCCUCGUUGCUUGUUUAAUUGUUUAUUGUAAAAUUCAAUGUUAAUUUGAAGAAGUGAUAGUAUACCUUAGUCGAAUUCAAUGUUAUUAAGUGUUUAAGAAUAAAUAAACAAUGGCCCGCGGAGAAAGAGGUGUCGCUAGAGUUUUGGAAAAACUUGAAGCAUCCGUAAAUGCGGGUCAAUACUAUGAAGCACAUCAAAUGUACAGAACUCUUUAUUUUAGAUACUUAAAUCAAAAGAAGUACGGUGAUUUGCUACAGUUGUUACACAGUGGUGCAAACAUUUUGUUAGGAUGUGAUCAGCAAGGUAGUGGUACAGAUUUGGCGAUACUUCUUUUAGAUGUACUCACAAAAUCGCAGAUAAAACCAUGUGAAGAAUGGAUUGAAAAAAUUGCUCAACUCUUUGCUAAGAUGAAACCAAAUGUUGUGGAGAGGGACACCUUUUUGAUUAAUGCAGUAAAGUGGUCAAUGGAUAAAAAUAAGAGAGGCCAUCCUUUACUCCAUAAGAGUAUUGCAGAAGUAUACUGGCAGGAAAAGAAGUUAACAUCUGCUUAUAGGCAUUUUUUACAUUCAAAUGAUGGUGUUGCAUUUGCUACCAAAUUGAUAGAAUUACAUAUAACCAAAGGAUUUAAAUCAGAAAUUGCUAUGUUUAUAGCUCAGGCAGUGCUUCAAAUACUUUGUUUGAAAAAUAAGGAAAUGGCUCAUGAGGCUUUCAAGGAAUAUACAAGGUCUCAUCCAAAUUUAAAUGAGAGAGUUCCACCAUUUCAAUAUCCAUUACUAAAUUUUUUAUACUUGCUUCUUAAAGUUCUUGAUCAAAAAAAUGCUAUGAAAUUUUUAAUGCUACGUAAAAGUUAUGAUAAAUUUCUUAAACGUGACCCUCGCUACUUGGGCUACUUAGACACAAUUGCCCGUGUCUGGUUUGGAAUUUCUGCCCCAGGGAAUCGUAGGAACCCUAAUUCAAUGUUAGGUGGAAUAAUAAAGUCAAUGCUUGGGGAUAUUGACAGUUCUGAUGAAGAUGGCAGUAAUUUGGCAAACAAAACCCAAGUCCCUGACUUAGAUUAAACUUUGUUUUUUGAUAGUCUGUUUUCUGUAUAUAAUUAUGCUGGUGAAAGUUUUAGUUUUCAAAAUGAAAUUUUAUUUUUGACAAAAUAAUUUAAACACAUUGGAAAGUAUAUAAAUGCACCAACUACAUCUGAUUUUUUUGAAAUAAUUUCCUGUACUGAACAUCUUACAAAUAAUAAACCAUUUAAUUCGUUUUUGAGCCCAUUUUUACUAAACUCACAUAAAGUUACUAAUACAGAUGCCAAAAUGGAUUUACAGUAAAGGAAACUACUAAUCUUUGUAUAUUAAUUAAUUUAAUAAUCUAAAUACUAACCAUAAAAUAAUAGUUAUUUUGGAAUGAUAGGUGUUCCACCAACCAUGACCUGUGAUUUAAAAUAUCUGUAUGUUAAACAUCUUCAAUUGUAAGGCAUGUAAUGUCUCUCGUAAAUGUUUUUAGUUUCAAUGUUCUUUUAAGAAGUUCAAAUUUAAUAUUUCGUGUCUUUAAAUCUAGUGCUUGUCUCACAAUAAAUUUGUUAAAAUCAAUGACAUCAGGAUGGUUUAAAAACUCAUCAACAUUCAUCCACUUACAAGCUUUGAUUUCUAAUUCUGAUUUAGUGAUUAUAUCCGAGGUAGCUUUUAACAAAAUAAUAACAUAAAUGUCAGAAUUCCCAAACAUAGCAUUAUGUGUGUGUCUUAAGGUGACCAUAGAUUCAAAAAUUGUAUCAACAUCAGUUUCCUCCUUUACUUCUCUUAUUGCAGCAUCUUUUAUGUCUUCACCUAAAAAGAAAUAACUUUAAAUUAUAAUAAUUCCUUGGUUUUUAUGUUUGCAUAAAAAGCCAUCUUAUACCUCUCUCCACAUAUCCACCAGGUAAUUUCCAAUGUGGAUGUUCAAAAUGUUUCUCCAUUACAACCAGUAUUUCAUUUUUGUUAUUUACCACUAGACCACCCACUCCUAAGUUUGUAUGACAUGUAGGUGGUAAAUUUGCUGGUCUAUCUUGUGGGAGCCAUUUGAACAUCAUAACGAAGUCAAUUCUAGCAUGAUGAAAGUUGAAACCCUCCUGUAAUUGUACAAAUAAAAUAUAGUAAAACACAA